AUGUCCACCUCGGUGCCAGUGGCCGCCCAGGCCAAGGCCUUUCCAGAUGGCACGACAGACUACAAGCCUCUGCGUGCCUCUUCGUCCAAGUACGAUCCUAACAAAGUUCACAUUUCCGACAUUCCUAUAAUCUGGUCAAACUGGCAUCAACACGUCAAUUGGCUUAAUGCCACAUUCAUCAUUUUUAUCCCCAUUCUAGGCUUCAUCUCAGCCUUCUGGAUUCCUCUUAAGCUUAACACCGCCAUCUUAUCUGUUGUCUACUACUUCAACACCGGCCUCGGUAUCACAGCAGGUUACCACCGUCUUUGGGCACACAGCUCGUACAAGGCCACCACUCCCCUCAAGAUCUACCUUGCGGCCGUUGGCGCUGGCGCCAUGGAGGGCUCGAUCCGGUGGUGGUCCAGGGAUCACCGUGCUCACCACAGAUAUACCGACACCGUCAAGGACCCCUACUCCGUCCGCAAGGGUCUUCUCUACUCCCAUCUCGGCUGGAUGGUUUUCAAGCAGAACCCCAAGAACACCGGCCGAACCGAUAUCACCGACCUCAACGAAGACCCCAUUGUUGUCUGGCAGCACCGCAACUUCAUCAAGUGCGUUCUGUUCAUGGCUCUGAUCUUCCCUACCGCCGUCUGCGGUAUCUUCUGGAAUGAUUGGCUCGGUGGAUUCGUCUACGCCGCUAUUCUCCGCGUUUGCUUUGUUCAGCAGGCCACCUUUUGCGUCAACUCCCUCGCCCAUUGGCUCGGCGACCAGCCUUUUGAUGACCGAAACUCACCCCGCGAUCACGUCAUCACCGCACUCGUCACACUCGGUGAGGGAUACCACAAUUUCCAUCACGAGUUCCCCUCAGAUUACCGCAAUGCCAUUGAGUGGUGGCAGUGGGAUCCUACCAAGUGGUCUAUCACCGUCUGGAAGUGGCUUGGUCUCGCCUACGAUCUCAAGCAGUUCCGUGCCAACGAGAUUGAGAAGGGUCGUGUCCAGCAGCUCCAGAAGAAGCUCGACCAGAGGCGAGCUACCCUCAACUGGGGUACGCCGCUCGAGCACCUUCCCGUCAUUGGCUGGGACGACUUCGUUGAGGAGGCCAAGAACGGCAAGGCUCUAGUGGCUAUCGCUGGUGUAAUCCACGAUGUGACCUAUUUCAUCAAGGAUCACCCCGGUGGCAAGGCUCUGAUCAACUCCGCUAUUGGCAAGGAUGCCACUGCAAUCUUCAACGGUGGUGUCUACUACCACUCCAACGCAGCUCACAACCUUCUGUCCACAAUACGCUAUGGCGUUCUCCGUGGUGGAGGUGAGGUUGAGAUUUGGAAACGCGCCCAGUUCGAGAAUAAGGAUAUUACUUACGUUAAUGACUCGGCUGGGCAGCGCAUUAUCCAUGCUGAUGACCAACUUACCAAGGUGACAUAA